AUGUAUUUCAAAGGAGUUUCGUCCGUGGCUAUGGGAUUGUUGGUGGCGCAAUCAGUCGUCGCAAGCCCUUGUAAACCGGUAACGACCCGUGCCGGCUCGAGUGUCUUGACUACUACUUCGGAGUCUAUAAUAUUUAUCCCUACGUUGUCCUCUACAGGCUCUGGAACGAUUGUUUUGGGGACAACGUCGACCGAGAGCGAGGCUGUUACUGCCGUGGAGACAAGUGUCGCAAGUACUGGUACAACCACUGCGAUCGCCAUCGAUACAGCAACUUCCAGCACGAAGUUGCCUACAGAGGCCGGAGCCUCUUCAAAUGCGAUCGGAACAAGUACCCUCGCCACUGAGACUGCGAUCGUAGCUGAGGGUAGUACUUCUAUGGCUGACGACACUACGACUAUCGCUGUCUCCUCAACUACUGAAAGCGGUACUAACACCGAGACAACUAAGGCUGAGGCACUUACUGGAACUUCAACUGCUAUCGAUGUCACCGCAAAGAUAACAACCUGGACUAAAACUACUACUAAUACAGUCGGUGAAACUAGUAGCCCAGCUGAAACGUCCCCUACAUUUACAGAUGGCACAACAGUAGCUGCUGAGGAGAGCACGGCACCAACAUCUGAGAAUGUUGCAACAACAACCACCACGACCAAGGACACAGCGACGCCUGUGUCUGUGGACAGCACGGCAACAGCUCAGGGGGUUUCAACAAUGACUGAUAGCGCCACCUCUUUAUCAGAUGGCAGUACAACAACACAAGCAACAGAGGAUACUACUACAUUGGUCGAAAGCACCACCAUAACCUCUAAUGACGGCACCACUACGAUUGCAACUUCUUCUGGAGCCAUUACUACUACAAAGUCUGACGACGUCACGAGCACAAAUCAGGACACUACGGCCACUACGGUAACUCCAUCUGAGAGCGGCGCCAUAACUACCACGACUUCAUCGGAAUACAGCACUAAAGCGACUGAUGCCAGUACAGGCUCAGCAACAGAGACUGGCGAGACCACGCUCUCUACCACGUCUUUAUCCGAAGAGAGCAGUACGGCGACCGAAGAUAGCACAACUGUCGUGACUACUUCAUCAGAGGGCAGUACUGAAACAUCUGGACUGGGACUGAGCGCAACAACUUCUGGUGACAGCACUACUAUUGCCACGACUUCAUCCGCUGAGAUCACUACCGCUGUUGUUGCCUCAUCAAAGGAGAGCAGUGCAACAAUUGAUGGGACGACUACUACAGCUGCUACUGCGGAGGGCAGCACUACGAGUUCUGUAGAAACUACUACAACAGCCAAAGAAAGCAGAACAGCUGAACAGAGCACAACGGCUGAAAUGAGCACUGCGACUUCUGCGGAGAGUACUACAACUGCUGAACAGACCACUACAACGAUCGAUGAGAUUACUACCACGACUGUCGAGACAACUACCGCAGCGGGGACCACCACCACUGGCUGUCCUCCUCCAAAUACCGUCCUCGCAAACCCUACACCUCUAUUCUCCUCGGGAGAUUGGCAUACUGAUGAAUACGGCACUGUCCAGCUCCCUUUCCAAGUCGGCAUAUAUGACUCCUUCUCAGAAACAGUGUAUGUCAGCGUGGGGGGCUGGUUAUCAAUCCUCGAAGCUCCAACGACGUACUACAAUGGCAACUACGAGCUGCCCUUUUCUUACUACCCGCCCGUUUCCAUAUUUCCAUACUGGCUCGAUACGUAUACCUUACCUGAGAUUUGUAACACAGGCAUCUGGUACGAGGUUCUCGAGACGGCCAGGGGACAGACGCUGACUAUCGAGUACAACACGGUUCCUUACUCCGAUACGACUUCCACGCCCGUUCAUUUCACGGUUAGUCUGUAUAAGGAUCAUCCAGGGCUGGUGAGGUUCGUGUACUAUCGCACUGAUCCUUAUAGCGGCCCUACUGUUGGUGUGCAAGCUGGCGAGUCUUACUCGCAGUACUCUUUUGGCGUAGCGAUGCCGGAUAACUCCUACGUCGAGAUUGACACGAGCAGUGGAGAUGCUAUCACAACCAGUGGCCAGCUGUGA